CACGAUGAAUGUUACUUUUCUCACAAUGGUCUCGCAAUAAACCCCAAUAGGGGUAGUCUAAAGACACGCCAAGUCGGCAAUCCAGUUGACCUUCAGUACACACAACGCUGUGUUACUUUGAAACCGUUUGCUUCCGCGGGUUCUUUUGUUCCAACGAACCCUAGAAACGCAGGAAAGUAGAAUUCAAUCCAGUUCAUCUCUAAAUUUUAAUUGCGAUGGCGAUGGCAAGUAUAUACAGAAGAGUUCUUCCAUCUCCUCCUGCUAUUGAUUUCGCUUCUUCUGAAGGGAAGCAAUUGUUCAUGGAAGCUACUCAAGGUGGAACCAUGGAAGGCUUCUUUAAACUGAUCUCUUACUUCCAAACACAAUCGGAACCUGCCUAUUGUGGAUUAGCUACCCUAGCCAUGGUCCUGAAUGCACUUUCUAUUGAUCCGGGUAGAAAAUGGAAAGGUCCCUGGAGGUGGUUUGAUGAAUCCAUGCUUGACUGUUGCGAGCCUUUGGAAAAGGUUAAAGCCAAAGGCAUUUCAUUUGGGAAGGUUGUGUGCUUGGCUCAUUGUGCUGGAGCAAAAGUUGAAGCUUUUCGCACAAAUCAAAGUAACAUUGACGAAUUUCGUAAGCAUGUGAUUGCAUGUUCUACUUCUGAUGAUUGUCAUGUGAUCUCAUCAUAUAACAGAGCAACUUUUAAACAGACAGGUAGUGGCCACUUUUCUCCUAUUGGUGGUUAUCAUGCUGGAAGGGACAUGGCAUUGAUUUUAGAUGUUGCUCGCUUCAAGUAUCCUCCUCAUUGGGUCCCACUUAAACUACUCUGGGAAGCCAUGGAUACAUUAGAUGAUGCUAGUGGAUUUCGCAGAGGUUUCAUGCUAAUAUCCAGGCUUCAACGGCCACCAGCACUACUUUAUACCCUGAGCUGCAAGCAUGAGAGUUGGGUGAAUAUUGCAAAGUAUUUGAUGGAAGAUGUUCCAGUAUUAUUAGGUUCUAGAAAUGUGAAAGACGUGAAGGAUGUUCUCUCCAUUGUCUUCAAUUCUCUUCCAUCAAAGUUUCUUGAAUUCAUCAAGUGGGUUGCAGAAGUUCGGAGAACAGAGGAAGGCGAUCAAAGUCUAAGUCCAGAAGAACAAGAAAGACUUGCCAUCAAGGGGGAGAUAUUGAAACAAGUGCAGGAGAGUGAACUAUACAGACAUGUGACCGAAUUUCUGUUGACUGAAAAAUCAGGUUGCAAUGGGCCACUGUGUUUGGGUAAAGAGAGCAGUUUGAACGAUAUUGCAGCAAGUGUUUGUUGCCAGGGAGCAGGGAUUUUGGAAGGAAAGAGUGUUACAGUAGUGUCUGGAAAGGUGAUGAAUGGGAUGAAUGAACAGCAUGUGGAUAUGUUGAUCCCCUCCAUUGGAAUGCAUCCAGCCAGCAAUGAUGUCCUCACCACACUUUUACUGGCUUUGCCACCACACACCUGGUCUGGUAUCAAAGAUGAAACCCUCUUGCAUGAAAUCAAUGGCCUUGUUUCUACAGAAACCCUUCCAGUUUUGCUUCAAGAAGAGAUUAUGCACUUGCGUGGUCAGCUCCAUGUUCUGAAGCGAUGCAAAGAUGAUGAGGUGAGGUAUGAAGAAAGGAGUGAUGUGUUGAGGAGACGAGAGACGAGAUUGUUGUUACAAGGGUCAAAAUUACAUAAUGAAGGUGAGUUGUCAUUAUUGGGACAACAACGAGCCAUUGAUUGUUGUAGCAGGCUUGCAGACAGAUAUGAAAGGCUAGGUGGGGGUGGGAUUAGGCGAAUAAUUACAUGGCCUAAACCAAUUGCUUAUACAUCAUUCAUAGGUUCAAGGUUCAAGGCUUUGGACAUGCCUCUGCUCAUCUAUGUGACAGUCGCUCUAACCUCCCUCGAUAGAAGCACAAUACUGACAACAUUUACCCCAUUAUAA